AUGGCUCCAAUCAAUGUCGGCCUCAUCGGCGGCACAGGCGAGACAGGAGGAGCGAUUGCCGAAGGCCUCUUCGCGGCAGGCGGAUUCAACGUUGUAGCUCUGACUCGACCAUCCUCCCUGUCAAAGCCUAAGGCGCAAGCUCUGAAGGAACUGGGCGCCGAGCUCCGUCCCAUUGACCUGCACGGCUCCCACGAAGACCUUGUGAAGGCGUUGAACGGUAUUGAGAUUCUGAUCAGUGCCAUCGAUGCUCGCAGCCAACUCGACCAGCUACCAUUGGUCGCUGCUGCCAAAGAAGUUGGCGUCAAGCGCUUCCUACCCUGUGCCUUCAUCACUGCCAUGCCAGCCGGCGGUCUACACCUCCUGCGCGACCAGAAAGAAGUCGUGUACAACGCCAUCAGAGUGGCCAAGCUCCCCUUCACAAUCGUAGACGUAGGCUGGUGGUACCAGCUCGCUCAUCGCGAACUACCCUCCGGCAAAAUCGACUACGCGAUUAUGCUCAAAGGCCAGAACCUGCCUGGAGAUGGAAAUGUUCCCAAUGCUGUCACUGAUCUCUACGAUAUCGGGAAGUAUGUCGCCAAGAUCAUAGUGGAUGACCGGACCUUGAACAAAUCUGUGCUUGUCUACAAUGAAGUCCUCUCCCCCAACCAAAUCGUCGAGAUGAUGGAAAAACUCUCCGGCGAAACCAUCCCACGUAACUACGAUAGCCUGGAGACAUAUCAAUCUCGCAUCGCCACCAACACCCCCAUCUUCGCCGCUGACCCCGAAAACAAUUUCCUCGCCGGUCUCAUGGUAAUCGAGUCGCAAUACCAUAUCUCCUGGGGUAUCCGCGGUGACAACACGCCGGAGAACGCGAAAUACCUCGGUUACCUAACGAGUAAGGACUUGUAUCCUGAUCUCAAGUUCAAGGGGUUCGAGCAGUAUUUGACGGAGGUUAUUGAGGGCAAGGCGAGGGUGUUGGGGUAUGAACAGAUGAGGGAGUUGAUCAAAGGGUUGCAGGAGCAGCAUGGUAGUAAGUAA